GUAGGACCAAUAGUCGACCGUUAUAGGCGUGUCCACUAGCUGUGCUUUCCUCGUCAAGCAGCGUGGGCUAAAGCUGUGUGUCUGGAGCAGUAACUGAGUCAUUCUACGAGAUUUGAGACCUCUACAGCUGAUUCAGAAUGGACUCCUCUUUGAGUGCAGCUCAAAUCCGCGAGAAGUUCAUCGACUUCUUCCGUCGCCAUGAGCACGUGUACGUCCACUCGUCAUCCACCAUCCCACUGGACGACCCCACGCUGCUUUUUGCAAACGCCGGCAUGAACCAGUUCAAGCCCAUCUUCUUGAACACCAUCGACCCGUCCCACCCUAUGGCCAGGCUGUGCCGUGCCGCCAACACACAAAAGUGUAUCCGUGCAGGAGGCAAACACAAUGACCUGGACGAUGUGGGUAAAGACGUCUACCACCACACCUUCUUUGAGAUGCUAGGGUCCUGGUCCUUUGGGGACUACUUUAAGCAACUGGCCUGUAAGAUGGCCUUGGAGCUGCUGACCCAGGAGUUUGGUAUUUCCAUAGAACGUCUGUAUGUCACCUACUUCGGCGGUAACUCGGAUGCAGGCCUGGAGCCGGACCUGGAGUGCAAACAGAUCUGGAUGGACCUGGGGGUGGAUGAGGCUCGCAUCCUGCCGGGCAGCAUGAAGGAUAACUUCUGGGAGAUGGGGGACACCGGCCCCUGUGGCCCCUGCAGUGAGAUCCACUUUGACCGCAUCGGAGGGAGGGACGCCUCUCACCUGGUGAACAUGGACGAUCCCAAUGUCCUGGAGAUCUGGAACCUGGUGUUCAUCCAGUUCAACAGAGAGUCCGCAACUGAGCUGAAGCUUCUGCCUAAGAAAAGCAUCGACACCGGUAUGGGCCUGGAGCGCCUGGUGUCCGUACUGCAAAACAAGAUGUCCAACUAUGACACGGACCUCUUCGUCCCGUACUUUGAAGCCAUUCAGAAGGGUACAGGUGCUCGAGCGUAUACAGGUAAAGUAGGUGCAGAGGAUUCUGAUGGCAUCGACAUGGCCUACCGCGUCCUGGCUGACCACGCCCGCACCAUCACCAUCGCCCUAUCGGAUGGCGGCCGACCCGACAACACAGGAAGAGGCUACGUUUUGCGGCGGAUUCUGCGCCGCGCAGUCCGUUACUCUCACGAGAAGCUGGGAGCUCAGAAGGGCUUUUUUGCCACUCUGGUGGACGUGGUGGUCGCUUCCCUGGGUAAUGCCUUCCCAGAGCUAAAGAAAGACCCAGAAAUGGUGAAGGACGUUAUUAAUGACGAGGAGGAGCAGUUCCUCAAAACACUCAGCAGGGGGCGCCGCAUCUUGGAUAGAAAGAUCAUGAGCCUGGGAGACAACAAGACCAUCCCAGGUGACACGGCAUGGCUGUUGUAUGACACAUACGGCUUCCCCCUGGACCUGACCUCUCUCAUUGCGGAGGAGAAAGGCAUGGCGGUGGACAUCGCUGCCUUUGAAGAGGAGAAGAAGGCCGCACAGUUAAAGUCUCAGGGAAAGGGGGCCGGCGACGUGGACCACAUCAUGUUGGACAUCUACGCCAUCGAUGAGUUGAGAAACAAGAACGUCCCCGCCACAGACGACUCCUCCAAAUACAAAUACACCUCAGAGGAAAACGGCAACUACGAGUUUGAGCAGCCCUCGUGCACCGUGCUGGCGCUGCGAUGCGACCGCGCCUUCUGCGACACUGUGACCACGGGCCAGGAGUGCGGCGUGCUGCUCGACAAGACGUCCUUCUACGCCGAGCAGGGCGGGCAGACAUUCGACGAGGGCUACAUGGUUCGAGAGGACGACAGCACGGGAGAUCGGAUGGAGUUCACGGUGAAGAACACGCAGGUUCGAGGGGGUUACGUUCUCCACCUGGGAACGGUCUAUGGCAUUCUGAAGGUUGGCGACCGCGUGACAUUGCGCGUGGAUGAGGCUCGUCGCAGGCCCAUCAUGAGCAACCACACAGCCACACACAUCUUGAACUUCGCCCUGCGGGGGGUUUUGGGGGAGGCAGACCAGAAGGGCUCCCUGGUGGCCCCUGACCGCCUGCGAUUUGACUUCACUGCUAAAGGUGCCCUGAGCACCGCGGAGGUCCGCCGCACUGAGGAGAUUGCUUGUGACAUGAUAAAAGAAGCAAAGCCGGUGUACGCCAUGGAGGCCCCACUAGCGAAAGCUAAGGCCAUUCAGGGCCUGCGCGCCGUGUUCGAUGAGACCUACCCCGACCCCGUCCGCGUCGUGUCCAUCGGUGUCCCCGUCGAGGAGCUGCUGGAGAAGCCCGACAGCACCGCCGGCUCUCUCACCUCCAUUGAGUUCUGCGGGGGAACCCAUCUGCAGAACUCGAGUCACGCCGCUCCGUUUGUCAUCGUCUCGGAGGAGGCGAUCGCUAAGGGCAUCCGCCGCAUUGUUGCUGUGACAGGAACAGAGGCCCAGAAGGCCCAGAGGAAAGCAGAUUCCCUGCUCCAGGCAUUGUCUGACGUGGGAGACAAGGUGAAGCAGCAGACGGCCCCCAACAAGGACAUCCAGAAAGACAUCGCCGACAUGACUGAGCUGAUCGGCACAGCAGUAAUCUCCCAGUGGAAGAAGGAUGAGAUGAGGGAAUCCCUUAAGGGCCUCAAGAAGACCAUGGACGACUUGGACCGCAACUACAAGGCUGACAUCCAGAAGAGAGUCCUGGAAAAGACCAAGGAGGUGAUAGAGAGCAGCCCCAACCAAGCGCUGCUCGUCAUGGAGAUGGAGACCGGAGCCUCGGCUAAGGCACUCAACGAGUCACUGAAGCUCCUAAAGUCGCAGUCACCGCAGACCGCUGCCAUGCUGUUCACGGUGGAUCCAGACGCUGGCAAGAUCACCUGCCUGUGUCAAGUGCCACAGGAUGUGGCCAAACGGGGCCUGAAGGCCAGCGAGUGGGUUCAGGAGCUGUGCCCCCUGCUGGAUGGCAAAGGAGGCGGCAAGGACAUGUCAGCACAAGCCACGGGCAAGAACACUGAGUGCCUGCAGGAGGCGCUGCGGAUGGCAAACCAGUUUGCACAGCUAAAACUGGGAGAGAACUAAGAGCAGAGAGACGUCUUUUUGGGAGAAGGAGGAGGAGGUUGCAGUUGGGUCUUAAUUGAGUUAGAAAUCCCCUAAACAUUCUCCUUUCUUCUCCCCUUGGGUCACAAAAUAUUAGAAAAGCUACCAGGUGUAUUGUUCACUCUGACAGGUGAUGCUGAGCCAACAGGGGGUGAGCGUUUUGUUUAUUAAUUUACACGAUUGAUUCAUCUCUGGAAGUUACUUGACUAUAAGGCAAGAUCCUCGCAUGCAGUUAAGUGAAACAGGGCUGCAGAUAAUUUGAGAAAUCUUGUUUCACUGUGUCCACUAUUGCAUGCUUGGGACAGAAGAAAACGGAUACUUUUACUUAUGAUGAAUUCAGCCUCCAGGAAUUUCUGUGCUGCUUGGAUCAAGCGACCUUGAGUGAAUCUCCGAGUGACUGAUUGGUUAGAGUUGAGUUGAACGCCCAAUAACUGUAGCAUAUCCUUUCAAAUACAAACCGCCAUCUGACACAUUUAAUAAUUGCAUAAAAUGAUCAUGUAGGUGUCUUGUAAUUCAUCCGUUUAGCUUCAUUUUGCUGACAUUUAAUAUUGGUUGAAUGCAAAAGGUUGACCGUCUUUUAUCAUUGUAGCGGUUUCAUGUCAUAUUUGUCAAGUUGUGAGGAAGGAAUAAAUAUGACUGCUGUCUAUCUUGC